CUUGCGGGCGUCCGGCUGGAGCCGCAGGCUCGGGUGCUCGCGCAGGAAGGCCCGCACAUCGGCCGGCAACUCGCUCAUGGCCGAGACGCCCGUGCAGCAGCCCGGCGGAAGCCGCUCGCAGAACGUGGAGCCGGGGGCGGGGCUCUGGGCGGGACUCGGCGGCGCCCCGGAUGCAGAUGCCUCCUGCGUCCCGGAAGCGCCCACGGGGCCGGGUGCGAUGGCGGCGGUGGCUGCAUUGCAGCUGGGGCUGCGGGCGGCGGGGCUGGGACGAGCUCCGGCCAGCGCCGCCUGGAGGAGCGUCCUCGGGGUCUCCCCGCGCCCAGGAGUGGCCUGGAGGCCAAGCAGAUGUGGCAGUUCUGCAGCAGAAGCAUCUGCCACAAAAGCAGAAGGUGACUCCUUUCUUCAGUGGGUCCUGCUCCUCAUUCCUGUGACUGCCUUUGGCUUGGGGACAUGGCAGGUCCAGCGUCGGAAGUGGAAGCUGAACCUGAUUGCAGAGUUGGAGUCCAGAGUUCUGGCUGAGCCUGUCCCUCUGCCAGCAGACCCAAUGGAACUGAAAAAUCUGGAGUAUAGGCCAGUGAAAGUCAGGGGGUGCUUUGACCACUCCAAGGAGCUGUAUAUGAUGCCCCGGACCAUGGUGGACCCUGUCCGGGAGGCCCGGGAGGCCGGCCUCAUCUCUUCCUCAACUCAGAGUGGGGCCUAUGUGGUCACUCCCUUCCACUGCACCGACCUGGGAAUCACCAUCCUGGUAAAUAGAGGGUUCGUUCCCAGGAAGAAAGUGAAUCCUGAAACCCGGCAGAAAGGCCAGAUUGAGGGAGAAGUGGAACUCAUUGGGAUGGUGAGGCUAACAGAAACCAGGCAGCCUUUUGUCCCCGAGAACAAUCCAGAAAGGAACCACUGGCAUUAUCGAGACCUGGAAGCUAUGGCCAGAAUCACAGGCGCAGAGCCCAUCUUCAUUGAUGCCAACUUCCAGAGCACAGUCCCUGGAGGACCCAUUGGAGGGCAAACCAGAGUUACUGUGAGGAACGAGCAUCUGCAGUACAUCGUGACCUGGUAUGGACUCUGUGCAGCUACAUCGUAUCUGUGGUUUAAGAAAUUCCUACGUGGGACACCUGGUGUGUGACACAUCAGCUGCUAAAGCCCUGUCCCUGAAUAAUGAAGUAUUUCAAAAGACUGCCUUUAUGCUGGAUCAUGUGCUAUUGGUAUAAAGUUCUGGCCUUCUACCUUAAA